AUGAGGAACUUCCACAGCGCCCUGCUGGCUGUCCUGCUCAGCUUGACCUUUGGCAAUGUCCAGGCUUUCUGGCGUAUGCGCUGUGGUACCGUUCAAGUUGGAAGAGUUGAUCCAAUCAUCUCCCCUGGUGGUGUCGCAGGUCACUCUCACACCAUUGCCGGACCGAACAACAUCAACACCACCUCGACUUUCAACGAUCUUCAGGCGGCUUUCUGCACCUCAUGCGAAGUCCAAUCCGACAAGAGCGCUUACUGGACCCCUAGCCUGUACUACCGGUACCGCAACGGGUCAUUCAUCGAGGUUCCCCACGAUGGUACUGUCGCUUACUACUUGGAUCGCGGUGUCGAUAUACCCAACAUGAAACCAUUCCCACCUGGUUUCCGUGUGCUCUCGGGAGAUGCUGCAGCCAGAGCCUUUGAUCCCAAUACUCUGACCUGGGGAAACAGGACUUACGGCCCUACACCCAUAUCCAACAGAGUAAGCUUCGCAUGUCUCGACAGCAGUGGUCCUAUGCCGGAAACUCCAGGUCUGAACGUUACUUCGUGCGACCAAGGUCUGCGCGCACAAGUCCACUUCCAAAGUUGUUGGGACGGUGUCAAUCUCUACAAGCCAGACCAGAGCCACGUGGCCUACCUGUCCGGUAUGGAUAAUGGUGUCUGUCCACCUGGGUAUCCAGUGCUCCUGCCUCAUAUUUUCCUCGAGAUUAUUUACUUCCCCAACACCGUUGCGAAAAAUGACGGAGGAAUGUUCGUCUUCUCCCAGGGCGACACUACAGGCUACGGCUUUCACGGCGAUUUCCUCAACGGUUGGGAUCCUCAAGUCCAGGAGGCUGCCAUCAAACAAUGCAUGGGAGCUAAUGCGACCAACAACGGAGCAAUCGGUGCUUGUCCGCCACUUGCAGCCUCUGAAGAUCCGUAUUUCAACCAGAAUUGCCCUGAACAGCCAGCUGUAAUCAACGAGAAAGUACAUGGCCUGAUUUCAGUCCUGCCAGGCUGUAACCCACCGACUGGCGGUCCUCAACGUGCUUCGCAAAACAUUUGCCCCGUCCAACCAACCGUCAACAACGUCGACAAUCAGGACUACAAAAACCGCUCCGUCGCAGCUGUUGGUGACAAGGUCGGCACAUGGCAAUACAUGGGCUGCGCGCUCGACAACUCCACGCCCCGCCCACUCGUAGGAAGCUCAUAUUAUGACAACACCAAUAUGACCAUCGAAUCAUGCACGGCCUUCUGUAAAAAGAAUGGCUACGCCAUGGCGGGCAUGGAAGCUUCGACGCAGUGCUUCUGCGGCAAUGCCCAGAAUCAACUCCUCCAGGAUCCCUUGACGUGCGCGAGCAAGAAUUACUAUGUCUGCUCUGGCAACUUGUUCAAGUAUUGUGGUGGCCAGCAGCUCAUGCAGAUCUGGAAUGACACGACAUACUCCGGACCAUCGCUCAAGGGGCUUCCUGUGGCAGGCCAGUCGAGGCUGCCUCUCCUUGACGGCAGCACCGCGACAUACCAGGGUUGUUUCGUCGAAGGGGUCGGCGCAAAAGCACUGCCUGGCGCGAAAUACUCGAACAGCACUGGUAUGUCGCUGGAAAACUGCGCGGCCUUUUGCCAGAAAGGGCAAUAUACGCUUUUCGGAACAGAGUAUGCGCAAGAAUGCUACUGCGGCAACACCAUCUCGACGUCUCAAGUCCUCCAAAACAACUGUUCCGCCAUCUGCACCGGCGACAACACCGAAUUCUGUGGCGGCAACUCACGUAUCUCCGUCUGGGCGUUAUCCAACUACGUUCCACCUACAACAACAGGGGGCACAUCGUCCGCCAGUACCACACCCACUCCACAGCCGCAAGCGACAGGCAUAACAUACCUGAACUGCGUCAGCGAGACCUCGCCCAACCGCGCGCUCAACGCGAGUUACACUUCCGGGUCUAGCAUGACCAUUGACCAAUGCGCACUGACCGCGCAAGCCCUGAACUUAGCAUAUUUCGGCCUCGAGUACUCAACCCAAUGUCUGGCGGGCAGCGUGCUAAACUCGGCCUCGACGGUGCUCGCUAGCAACAAAUGCAACAUGGCCUGCGCGGGGAACAGCACGCAGACAUGCGGCGGGCCCAAUGCGAUCAGUCUGUACAACAACACACUGUACGUCAAGCCGACGAACCCGAACCCAGUGAAUGUGCCCAACCAGUCCGGCAGCCAGUACGGCUACGUCGGAUGCUACAGCGAGCCUUCGGGCGCCAGGGCACUGGGAUCCACUGCACAAUUCGGCAGCAGCGCCCCGACGAUAACGAGUCUGACAGUCGAGCUGUGCGCGGCGUACUGUUUCGCCAAGGGGUACGCGUGGAUGGGCGUGGAGAACGGGAACCAGUGCUUUUGUAACGGCGCGGGCGUCAUCAAUGGCGCCGUGCUGUCGCCGGGCGGCGAUGCCGAUUGCAAUGUGGGCUGUCAGGGCAAUUACAGAGAGAAUUGCGGUGGUAAUGCGAAGAUCAAUGUCUAUCAUUUGAUCAGUGGAAGUAAGAGAAGGGCCAGGAGGACUUGGUGAAGUGGUUCACCCUGUCUUCGAGGAGAUGCAUUGUCGGGGAGAAGAAGAUAUCAUACGAUGUGGACAUGAGACUCGCGAGGCUGGAGGGAGCCAGGGUGGUGGUACACUGGCGCAGAGAGAGACUGGUACAGUACUUUGCUUUCUGUCCACUAUUGACUACUAGUAUUCUUGUCUGCA